AUGUUGCCCCAACCCAACACAAGAUGUUUCCCCCACCCACCGCUACUAGAUGUUGUCCCCAACCCACCCCUACUAGAUGUUGUCCCCAACCCACCCCUACUAGAUGUUGCCCCCAACCCACCCCUACUAGAUGUUGUCCCCAACCUAUCCCUACAAGAUGUUGCCCCCAACCCACUCCUACUAGAUGUUGUCCCCAACUCACCCCUACAAGAUGUUGCCCCAACCCAACAAAAGAUGUUGCCCCACCCACCGCUACUAGAUGUUGUCCCCAACCCACCCCUACUAGAUGUUGCCCCUAACCCACGUCUACAAGAUGUUUGA